AUGCAUUCCAAGGACUCGUGGAACACAGGUCCAAAGUGUAACGCGCUGUUUGGGGUGUGUAUGCGGCAGCCGCCCUGCCGGCGCGCAGUCCCGGGCGCUGGCGGGUGGCGGUGCAGCGGGGCCGGAGCGUGCGCGGCGGUGUCCGGGGGCGGGGGCGCCAUGGCGGCGGCGGCGGGAGAGGAGCAGCGCGGUGCCGGCCUGGAGGCCGCCGUGCGGGGCGGGCUGCGCGUCCUGCGGGAGCGCUGGAUGCGGGGGAGCACCCGCGAGCGCGGCACCGCGCUGUCCCCGCAGCCGGCGCUCCCGGAAAGAGCGGACACAGUGAGCGCCCUGCAGGCGCUGCCGAUUGACGUGCAGCUGAACAUCAUGUCAUUCCUCUCGCCCCAAGAUUUGUGCCGGUUAGGAAGCACCAAUUGUUACUGGCGGGCAGCUGUGCAAGACCCGUUGUUGUGGAGGUAUUUUCUCCUGCGGGAUCUCCCCUCUUGGACAUCUGUUGAUUGGAAAUCACUCCCAGAUGUAGAGAUUUUUAAUAAAGCCUUUUCAGAGGUCAGCGACAAUGCACUGUAUGAUUACAUGGCAGUAUAUAAAAGGAGCUGUCCGCAGGGUAGAAGAAGUUUGAAAUCAAGCCGUCCCCGGUAUGGGGCUGUGACUUCCUUCUUGCAAUCACUGGUCACUCAGGCAGAACCUCGCUUUGCUAUGUUUGGGCCAGGUUUGGAAGAGCUGGAUGAUUCUUUAGUGCAGAAGAUGAUGACAUGCCCAGAAAUUCUGCUGGUAGCUGGCCUACCUCAUAGACAAAUUCACGGAAUUGGAUCAGGAGUCAGUUUUCAGUUUAGUAACAACCAAAAAUUCAAUAUUCUGACAUUGUAUUCUGCCACCAGUGUGGARAGGAGGAGAGCAAGGGAAGAGCAAGCUGCUACUGUAAAUAAGAUGUUUUACCAAGAGAACAGCAUAGUCGGGAAUCAGCAAGCUGUGCACUACAGUGUAAUAGCUCAAGUGAGGAAGGUGUGUGAAGUAGUUGAUGGAUUCAUUUAUGUUGCAAAUGCAGAAGCUCAUAGAGAGCAUGAUCGUCAGGAAGAGCUGGCUCGUAUUGAGGCAAUGAUUGAUCCAACCCUCGGGCCUCCAAACAGACCUCUGCUGAUUUUGUCCUGUGUCUCUCACAUUGGUGUGAAAAGAAUUCCCUGUAUUUACAUGGCACAUCAGCUGCAACUARAUCUGCUACGUCAGCCCUGGAUGAUGCAAGACACUGUAGCUGCAACUUUAGAUGGAUUGCUAAAUGGAAUUGAGUGGCUCUUGGAAGAAACAAAUUGUAAAAAUGCACAGUAAUAGAAUUAGGCAUUGGUGCACUGUAAAAACCCUUAGAUGUUUUGCAUUUCAGUUGAAGUGGAAAUCUUGUCCUUCCUCCCAGAGUGCUGUGAGUGGGGAAAAUUAAAAGGCAAACCUGCAUAUAUUCCACUGCACAUAUUUAAAUCCUUAAUACUCUUCCAGCUAUAGUCCUGAUUUGUAAGUACAGGUAGGAUUGCCUGAUUUCCAGCUGCUAUGAAGGAUUUGGAAGGACAGUCUGAGUGUUUUGUGGUGGUUUGUUUUUACCUUUCUUUCAACCAGGGGCCUUUAAAACCUUUUCUCAGUAUCUGAUGAUCUAAUAUCUUAUGUAAAUAAAUGUAACACUGUGUUUGUUUAUUAGCCCUAUGGCAGUAUCACACAUUCAGUAAAUAUAUUCAGUGUGGAUCUUCACAGUGACAGUUCCCGACCAAAGCAAACUUACUGUAGGUUAUACAGUAGUAGUAGCUUGACAGAAAGAGACUAACUCUUGAUUUCAAAAGAGUAAAUUCCCUUGGAUUUUUCCAGAAAMAAUGCCAAAACAAAAAAUAGUGGGCGGAUUGUCAGCCCAGACCAAAAUUUUUAGAAGCAAACAAACACUGCUGUGUAUGAGUUGUUGUUUCGUGUUUGUGAUGUUAUUUAUUAACCAACCACAACAGAUUUGAGCAUCUUCUGCCUUCUGUUGCACUGAAAUUAUUAGCUUGAACUGAACAUGCUUCUGAUGUCAUAAAAAAUUUCAAAUAGAAUCAYUAGGACUUCAGGACUUUGUUGUAUACAUAGACUAUCCGUUAUUCAAAUAGUUGCAGCCAUUUGCAGAUAUGUAUCUUGAAAUUAUCUUCACAGUUCCAAAUAUUUUUGUGAAAGGGGAAACAACAUUUUAAAGCUAGAAUUGUGUUUGCCAUAUUGAUGACCUUUGGGAUAGUCAUAGUCUUGCACCUUUUCAUGUUUUUAUUAUUGAGUGARUGUUUCAAAACUUUAUAUUUACUUUAUAUUUCUUGCCUGUACAUUUAUUUGCUUUAUUAUUUGUUUUAUUUUUUUCUAUCUUCAUGGCAAUUCAAGUGUCUCACAGUUUUUUUCUUGGUAACUAGAUAAAUGAUUGUAUGGUGCACAUAUAGCUGUAAUUGCCCUCAAUCUGGGCUAUGUGAGAUGCUCAACACAGCAUCAAUGUCAGAAACAUGCCAUUUGAGAUGUCUGGGAUUUUUAAUGAACUAGAAAGUAUCUUUUUUUUUUCUUUCAUCUUUAUGCACAGUUAAUUAAUCUUUCCAGAUAUUUUUGUAUCUGUCUUAAUCUGGAUAUAUGGGAAAUUCAAGGGAAAAUCCAUAGGAAGAUAUAUGUGAUGAAAGUUCUAUGGUUUAUCCCUAUUUUUUUUAAUAGUGUAUAUGUGUUUGCCCUUUAAAAUUGAGCAGACACAAUGGAUUUAUGAAUAUUUGGGAUAAAAUUCCAUGCUUUUUGACCAGGUGUAUGUGAUUUUCCUGUUAGUUGCAGUAAUUUCAUAGUUGUGUACAUGUAGAGAAUUGAAYGCAGCAACCUGGUGCUAAGCUAACUACUACAAAUAUGGAGGUUUUGGAACAUCCUCACUGUGCUUUAUUCAUAAGGAAUAAAUGAUUAUUUUUAAAUAACAAUAUUUAGAGUCUUUCUGUGUGUGUUAAGCUCCCCACACGUGURCAUGUGUGCUCACACACUGCAAUCACACUGUCACAACAAAUUACCAUUGUCAUAAAUUAUCAUUAAUGAACAAGUUAUUGUAUGUUACCAGUUUAAUUAAGACAUACUAUCUCAUUGUCAUUUCACAAGGUCAGGAUAAUGUAGAGUAGAUAAUUUUACUUAAACUAAAGAACAUCAGUUACAUUAACUUAAAACUAGGAUAACUUUCAGAAUUACAAGUUUUAGGCAGGCAGUCUAGAAAGCAAACAGUGAGAAUGAGAAGUCCCUGCAGUCACGAAGCUCCAUGACUGAGUGCUCUGGUGGAUCAGUGCAGGCAAGGACGAAGAGCUUGUACACUGUCCAAAGUUGCAACUGAGAUGCACAGARGUGCUAUGGAAGAGGCGAGCAUCCCUACAGCAAAUAGUUGCACUGCCUUUUAAAUUUGAAAAUCCUUUCUAUUUAUAUUCCUGGAUCUACUUGAUUUAGAAACAUAGUAAGUCAGUUAAGCUUGGAACUGUCAUUGUUACAAAUUU